AUGCAACUACUUGGUGAAUUCGUUGUUCAUUUAAUCGUCAAAAAUGCUUUUCCAUCACAGGCAGAUGCCACUCAUGAUCCAUCAGAUCUAUACGACUACUUGAAGACGACACUGACAACGGCACAAUUGAAGAACAUCUCCGACGGCUAUAAAGCCCUGAUCAAGGACCUUGGUGAUGAAGGCGCUAAUGACGUACUGCGUCGCACGAAAAUGGUAGUCGCCUAUGGUGUCAGUCCUGCUAUCGACAUGGUGCAUGCUAACGGUGAAACACCGGAUAUGGCCUAUAUGGCUAUGUCGAAACAGUUGACUCCGGACUUUGUGAAGAGCGUCGUCGUUCUUGUCAAGGAUACACUAACACCAACCGAAUGGAACAACAAGUCAAAAGACGAUGUAGAGAAAACACAAGAUGGAAAAGAGAGCGAAGCUGAAAGAAUUGUCAACGCUAAUAAAGACAUAAAGAUUGCUGCAAAGAGCUGCUUUGAUAAGCUAGAGCAACUUCUCGAGAAAUCGACGGCUGAAGUGGAAAAUAUGGAUGUGUAA